AUGACAGCGGUUCAAGGGAAGGGACGUGAGCAUCCACUUAGCAAGGCAAACAAUCUAGAGAGCGGGAAAAGAGGAAACACAAGUCCAUGUCACACAAGUCCUGGAUACCAACUGAAACUAAUUAAUUGGGUCAUUCCCUAUCUUGUUUAUCCUCUUAGCGCCUUCAGGGUCCAGUCCUGGUGCCGUGGGUUGCUCUCAACCAGCCCAACAGGCACCCUUUCAUCCCUUAAUCGUAUUGAAACGGGCUCAAAAGUCCAGGAGCCAUGUGCAGGGCGUGACUGUAGUUCUGGAUGCCCAUGUCCCGCCAUCAAGGGCACACGGGGUCGUCCAGGGGCUCUGGGACCAGCAGGUCCUAGUGGACCAGAGGGGCCUAGUGGCGGUCUAGGUCCAGGAGGACCUAAAGGUGAAAAAGGUCACGUAGGUCGCAGAGGACCAUCAGGACCAAAAGGAGACAAGGGGCCGAUGGGUGUUCCUGGAUUCCCAGGCAAUGACGGUGUUCCCGGCCACCCUGGGCAGGAGGGUAGCCACGGUCUCCCGGGGAUAGACGGCUGUAACGGCACUCGGGGUGACCCAGGUGGAACUGGUCCGGGGGGGUAUCCUGGCACCCCUGGAAGACAGGGGUUACCCGGUAUAAAAGGACAGAAAGGAGAGCCAGUUUACAUCAAUACGGGUGGCAUUGUGGGUCCUGCUGGUCCAUUUGGUCUGCCUGGUACUGUAGGCCCUAGAGGUCCAGAUGGAUAUCCUGGUCCCUCUGGUCCACCUGGUCUUCCAGGACCACCAGGGAGCCCAGGUCAGGGUUUACAAGGGGAACCAGGAGACAAGGGUGAUGCAGGUCUGCCAGGACUCAGGGGGGCGCCGGCGGCUCUGUUAGGCUCGCUGGCUAUAAGCACUAUCAACAAAGGAGAGAAGGGAGACGUGGGCCUGCCCGGCGACCCAGGCCGCCCACUGGUCAAUGGAGUGGUGGAGUUUGUUGGCUUUCCUAAAGGAGACAAAGGAACUAAGGGUGAUAUUGGCUUCAGGGGCUCUCCAGGUAUUCCCGGAAGUGCAGGACCACCAGGACCUUUUGGUUAUACUGGGGAAUUGGGUGAGAAGGGAAUACCAGGAUUACCAGGUUUACGGGGUGUUCCCGGUCUGACUGGACCCCCUGGACCCCCAGGCAGACAGGGAUUUCUUGGGACCCCUGGGUAUCCUGGACAACCAGGAUUUCCAGGACCUAAGGGUGAUAGAGGAGAUGCAGGACCCCCAGGACCUACAACCUACACUGACUCUGGGGGGGGAGCUGUGCAAGGACCUCGAGGUGAUCCAGGCAUUGAUGGCUACCCUGGGCCCAUUGGAGAUCCUGGACCAGCAGGGUUUCCUGGACAACCAGGCUUGCCGGGUCCCCCAUCCUUUGAAAGAGGUCGUCAAGGCAGUCCAGGAUUUCCAGGCACUAUAGGCCCUAAGGGUGAGAGGGGAAACCCAGGAAGACAAACCCCUGGUUCUGAAGGUCUACCUGGAAGUCCAGGUCUCCCUGGACCCCCAGGUCCACCUGGACUACCAGGAAGGUCAGGUAAACCUGGACUACCCGGCCCACCAGGAGUCAGAGGAGCACCUGGGGAUAGAGGUUACAAAGGGUUGAAAGGGGAACUUGGAGAUUGUAAUUGUCUGGGUGGAGGAGUUUCUGGCCCACCAGGUCCUCCAGGGGCUCAAGGUUCCCCUGGUUUUCCGGGGCCCGGCGGACCGAAAGGCGAGAUUGGUGAUGGAGGGUCUCCUGGUUAUACUGGACCCCCAGGCAGUCCUGGAUCUCCAGGUGAGCGAGGCUUCUAUGGACGAAAGGGAGAGAAGGGUAAUCCUUCCUACCUGGGAGGACAGGGACAGAAGGGUGAUAUCGGUCAGCCGGGACCAACUGGACCACCUGGAGCCAUGGGCAAACCAGGCAGAGAUGGAUCCCCUGGUUUCCCUGGACUACCAGGACCACCUGGCGAUGCUGGUUUUGGUGUCAAUGGAGAAAGAGGUUUACCUGGUUUUCCAGGGAGAAAGGGCUUUCCAGGUGCAGCAGGGGAACCUGGUCCUGGCUAUCAGGGGACACCUGGUGUCAGAGGGUUACCAGGCGACCCUGGCUUCGAUGGCCUUCCAGGACCACCUGGCCCUCCAGGACCACCAGGUGAAUUUUCCUGUGGGCAGGCGGGGCUUAAUGAUGCCUCUGUCGAAGAGGGAGGCACAACCCUGCCAUGUAGGCUUCCAGGAGAGGAUGGAGAUCCAGGUUUACCUGGACGGCCAGGAGCACCAGGUCCAAAGGGCCAACCAGGAGGCCCAGGGAACCCAGGAAGACCAGGUUUUGAUGGAUCAAAAGGAGAGAGAGGAGAUUCAGGCUUCGGGGGCCAACCAGGGCCACAGGGUUUUCCCGGACCUAGAGGAGACCCAGGAUUUCCAGGCGCUCCAGGUGAUGGUCGUCCAGGUGCCCCCGGUAAGGAUGGGCUUCCAGGUAUUCCAGGAGCAAAGGGGGAGCCCGGUGUAGUGUUGGGAGCCUCUUCUGGUGCCCCAGGGCUGCCAGGAAGACCAGGAGAACCAGGAGACAAGGGUGAACCAGGCACACCAGGUUUUCAGAGUAGACCUGGUGUUGAUGGACGCAAUGGUAUCCCAGGAGCUAAGGGUGAACGAGGUGUGGAUGGGUACCCAGGCGCUCCAGGUCUGCAAGGACCUCCUGGAGAGGUCCCUGCUGGGGGUAUCCGUGGACCUCCUGGGCCGCCUGGGAACAAAGGAUUUGCUGGACCUACAGGCUGUCAAGGAUUCCCUGGUCUCAAGGGAUCAAGGGGGGAUCCAGGGGCCCCAGGGCCCGCUGGGUUGAAGGGCACUCCUGGGUUACCAGGACUUCCUGGAUCACAAGGGCCAAGGGGUCUCCCAGGACCGCCAGGCCCUGGAUCAACUGAGGGCAUACCAGGAAUCCCAGGAAGGAAGGGUGAAAGGGGUCUCGUUGGAAUGGUUGGUUUCCCUGGAUUACCUGGUGCCCCAGGAGCACCUGGACGUCCAGGGGGUAAGGGUUUGCCUGGUGUCCCAGGAAGCAGUGGCCUACCAGGACAGUAUGGAGGGAGAGGAAUCAAAGGUGAAAGAGGGCCUAGUGGUCCCCCUGGGCGGCCCUCCCCACCUUUACCUGCUGAGUUGCUCGAGAAGGGAGAACCAGGAGACAAUGGAGCCAGUGGCCCACCUGGAUUCCCAGGACCAAGAGGUGAUAAGGGUUUUCCAGGACAGCCAGGUCGUCCAGGGCUACCAGGGCUCCCUGGUGUCCCUGACCAAUCAAAGGGUUUCCCUGGUCAGCCUGGACUGCCUGGUCUCCCCGGUACACCUGGCUUCCCAGGAUCUAAGGGUUCGCCUGGUGUUAUGGGUUUCCCUGGCAUGCCAGGACCCAGGGGCGAUGACGGAGCACCUGGUUUACCAGGAACACCUGGAGGUUCAGGACAACCUGGUGCCAAAGGAGAGAGAGGUGAUUCAUUUGGCUUUCCUGGAGCUCCUGGAGUUAAGGGGCUAGCGGGAGAUCCUGGAUUCCCUGGUGGUUUAGGUGCUCCUGGUCUCCAAGGUGCUGAUGGUGUCCCAGGAAGCCCUGGUUUCCCUGGGCAGAAAGGUUUCCCAGGAGUACCAGGAGGACCAGGAUUCUCAGGUUCAUCAGGUGCAGCUGGAGAGAGAGGUUUCCCUGGAUAUCCAGGACAGAAAGGAAGGGAUGGGGAGCCAGGACGCCCUGGAACACCAGGGUCUGCCGGGGAGAAAGGUUUGCCUGGAUCACCUGGCUUAGAUGGUCUCAAUGGACUUCCAGGACCCAAGGGGCCACCAGGAGUGCCCGGUAUAACUUUGGGAGGUCUCCCUGGUGCCUCGGGGCAGGAUGGUUUUAAAGGAGAGAGAGGCUCAUCUCUACCAGGAAGACCAGGAAUUCCUGGGGAGAAGGGAGCUAGGGGAGAGCAAGGUUCCUCUGGUCAGACAGGAUUCCCCGGAUUGCCAGGUCCUCCAGGGGCAACUGUCCCCUCCAGUGUACUUGGUCCUCCAGGUGAUCCUGGCCUACCUGGGCUGGAUGGGGAAAGAGGUUUUCCUGGCCGCCCAGGUCCUCCAGGUCCAGCAGGUCCUGGCACUGUCCAGGGUGAUAGAGGAGAUGGAGGAUUCCCUGGACUUCCUGGCUCGCCGGGAAACCGUGGAGAUCCUGGAAAUCCAGGAGGCCCUGGACUACCAGGCAGCUCUGGUUUCAAAGGAGAGAGAGGUGACUCGGGACUCAGUGGGUUACCAGGACCAUCAGGUUUUCCCGGAGACCCCGGCUUUUAUGGAACCCGAGGACCAAAAGGAAAUAGAGGACCAAGUGGGCGUAAGGGUCUGCCAGGAGUGGUCAUUCCUAGUGGAGACUACACCAAACCACUGGGUGAUCCAGGACCUAUGGGCAGUGUUGGACGGGGAGGCUCUCAGGGGCUCCCAGGACAGCCUGGACUACCAGGCCGUGGGGGUCCCAAAGGAAAGGUCGGCUCAGUGGGAAAACUUGGUCGUAAUGGCCCAGCUGGUGCUCCAGGUCCUAUUGGAGACUCUGGACCUCCAGGAUUCCAAGGACCCACAGGAAGUCCAGGACUGCCUGGUAAACCAGGGUUUCCAGGUCCUCCUGGCCUCCAAGGACGUGGCACCGGUAUUGGCUACACAUUAGUAAAGCACAGCCAAUCCAGUCUGGUACCCAUGUGCCCACAGGGCAUGGCCAAGAUGUGGGACGGUUACAGUCUACUUUACGUUGAGGGCCAGGAGAAGGCUCAUAAUCAAGAUCUAGGACUGGCUGGAUCCUGUCUGCCUCGGUUCAGCACCAUCCCCUUCCUGUAUUGCACGGCUAACGAGCUUUGCUACUACGCCAGCCGCAAUGACAAGUCCUACUGGCUGUCCACCACAGCGCCUAUUCCCAUGAUGCCUGUGUCAGAGCAGCAGAUCUCUCAGUACAUCAGCCGCUGCUCAGUGUGCGAAGCGCCCUCGCAGGCUGUGGCGGUCCAUAGCCAAGACCUCACAAUCCCUACAUGUCCCCAGGGUUGGAGAAGCCUUUGGAUCGGCUACUCUUUCCUCAUGCACACGGCGGCCGGUGCAGAGGGAGGUGGCCAGUCCUUGAUGUCUCCUGGUUCUUGCCUGGAGGACUUCCGUGCCACUCCUUUCAUUGAGUGUAACGGAGCCCGUGGCACAUGCCAUUACUUCGCCAACAAGUACAGCUUUUGGUUGACCACUGUGGAGCAGGACAGGCAAUUUCAGCAGGGUCCUCCACAGGAGACACUGAAAGGAGACGAGUAUCGCUCCCGCGUCAGCCGCUGCCAAGUGUGCAUGAAGAUCUUGUAG